AUAAAGCAAGUCGUUGCAAAGCCCAUCAGUGUUUUUUGUACGCGUUUCUCCAAUAAUAUAAUCAUCUAUCGCCCGCAGUCAAUUUCUCUGUUAUAGCGAACGCGCCAUUGAUUCAACACGCGCCACCGAUGGCAGCACCCACACUCCCAAUCUUGAACCCUCAAUCCACGGGCGGUGAUCAAUCGCAGCCCCCGAUUGCGACACCAGCUUUUCGCUUGUUUAUCUCACGCAUAUCCUCCUCUAUUCGCCAUGGCCUCUCACAGCGCCGCCCGUGGUAUGAACUCGUUGAUCGGACCUCUAUGAACCGACCAGAUUCCCUCUCCGAGGCUGCUUCCCGGAUCCGGAAGAAUUUGUCUUAUUUCAAGGUCAACUACAUGACCAUGCUCGCGGUCGUUCUUGCCCUCUCUCUACUCUCUCAUCCUUUCUCUCUACUUGUUCUCGUCGGCCUCCUGGCGGCAUGGAUCUUCAUGUACCUCUUCAGACCGUCCGAUCAGCCUCUGGUGCUCUUUGGGCGUUCUUUCUCUGAUCGUGAGACGCUGGGCGGAUUGGUGAUUUUGACAAUAGUGGUCGUGUUCUUGACUUCUGUUGGAUCCUUAUUGAUCUCGGCGUUGAUGGUCGGUGUCGCGAUCGUCUGCUUGCACGGUGCGUUUAGGGUUCCGGAGGAUCUGUUUUUGGAUGACCAGGAGCCCGCAAAUACCGGCUUCCUCUCAUUCCUUGGAGGUGCUGCCUCCUCCGCCGCCGCCGCCGCCGCUCCAGUCGUUGCCGCUCGGGUGUGACCCUAGAUCUUUGACUCCUCACGUGUAUGGUCUCUCUUCUGAACGCUAAUGUAUUUAUUUUGAGUAAUAUUUUGUCGGGACAGUGAAUGAUUCGAUUGUAUCUGAUUUUGAAACAAUGGAUUAGGGUUUUGCUUUCCUUAUAUAUAGAUUGGAUCUGAAUUCCCAUUAUCAUGUAUUUUUAGAUCUGAUUAUACAAUUUUUUUGGUGGGUUUAUUUUGAAACAUCUAUAUUGAUUUAUUCA